CCUAUUCAGCGUCAGCCGUUUAUUCUCCUGAUCCUGAAGUUUUUGAUUACUACGCUCACGAAUCUUACGACGACGACGACGACGACCUGUAUCAUCAACAGCGAUACACGAUCCAGCAGGACUUCGACCACUUCUCGAUAAACUCUUCCCUCACCCCCCCUUUGGCUUGGGAUCCGACUCGUCAAGGGCCUGUCCCAGGAUACUGGCAAGCUUCGUAUAACCCAGCCCUCCGCCGUUGGGUUCAUACCUGGCAGCCCUUUUGUUAAGUUCCCUGCCCAGAGCCACUCUCCUUCGUUGAACAUUCCCAUCACCUUCCUCGCAAUGACUAGCGGCUGGAAUCCCAUCACGGGGCGAGACUCCACGGGCACUCGCCCGGCCUUCGCCCCUGCUGGAGCGCCUCUCCCGAUCCAGGGACAAGCCUACAUCCCUCACUUCGGAGGUCCCGGCUACAACUUUGGCACCAUCCCGCAACAGACAAUCCCCCAGUACGUUAGUGGGUUCGGCAGCGUGAUGAUGCCCUCCAACCCGUUCGCUGCCCCGUCUCCCUACAGCAUCCCGGUGCAGGGCGGGAUUGGUGGGUUCCAGAAUCAGCAAGUCUUCUCCCACCAGCCCAACGGCACGGGCAACAUCUUCACUCGACAGCCGCAGCCAUGCCCCGUCAUCGACCCCGAGAUGCCGGCCGCGCAAAUGACAAACUCGUCGGGCGGCGUGGGCUGCGAGCCCGGCUACAACUACUUCUUCCCUGCGAGCCAUACCAAGGUUCACGUCUUCCGAUCGUCACGCCCCCCGUGGCAGCUGCCUGGCAACACCCACCUCCAGUUCAACGCGGCGCACAUCCCCUCGAACACGACGCUCGAAGACUUGCUCAAGGGCUACGGCUGCACCAACCCGACGCCGAAGAAGAACCGGUGCUUCGAGUUGGUUAGCGCGGGCAAUGGGAAAUGGUACAAGGGGUUCAGCUUUGGCGGAGAUGACAAGGACAUGAUGAAGAAGACGUUGGCGGAUAUCGGAUGGGACAAGUCGCGGACGGGCAAUGUUGACGAGAAGCCCAUCGUCUGCCUUUGGUUCUGCAAGAACUGAGCUGGCUUUCAACAACGAUCAUGGGACCAUUGUCUCGCCUCUGACAAAGGCAUUGUUGUUCUUGGGCGUUCUUGGGGAAGGGGGUCUUGGAGGGAGUUUACAGUGGUUUUACUGCGAGGAGUUGAGGGAAUGAUGGUCUUCGGCUGGGAAAACGGCAGGCUCCUGCGAUACUUUGCUAUGAUACCUUGAGGGAUAGCUAUCUUGAGAUUGAGCAUUUUGAUUUUAGCCUCUCGAC